AUGGGCCGCACGGGAAUUGCUGGAAGGGGCCUUCUGGGACGCUGGGGACCAAACCAUGCCGCUGACCCUAUUGUAACGAGGUAAAUAAUGUACUAUUACACGUCGUAAACAGAUUAAAUAUAUUUGAACAAUGAAGUUAUGAAAGUUCAAUUCACAAGUGGCACUUUGAGUGUAAACUUACGUUGGGUAGUUCAACAGACGCGCAACUGAAAUUCUGCGAUGUGUACAGACUACUAUCAACGACUCACUUUAGAAAGCUGGUUUAGUAACUUAGAACAAACGCCACUGAAUCGUAGUCAACAGUUACCGGCGCCGUACAAACGACUUAUUGACGAAAUCAAGCAAAACUAACUACAAGAAAGGACUGGACAACUGACAAUUUGACUAACAAUAAACAACUGUUUAACUGUGACAACUACCGCACAGAUUGUCGAAAUGUCAUUCACUGUCAACAACAACAGUCCUGUUCAGGAUUACGUUCACCCGGACGAUCAUACUCAACCUACUUAUGAUAUGACUCUGGGUUCAAACCUUUCACUGAAAAUAAUACAUCAUGCAAAGCUCCUAAACGACACUACGGCCAAAAAGUAUUUUCGCUACGUCUUACAUAACUCAAAGGUGCGCUACACUUAGACUUUCUUACCUUCAUUUCCUGUCUCCUACUUCACGUGAAUUUACUUUUAUGAAAUCCAUAGGAAAUUCGAGUCACUUGCAAUCAGGUUGCCUAAACUGUCAAAGGUAAAACUUUCUUUUGGACGCAAAUCUCACCCCUAACACGGCCAGAAAUAAACCCAAGUGAACAAAAAUCCAUUCAAAAUUCCUAAAAGAUGGUAGUAUUAUGGGUAGUUCAAGACACCAUCAGCACUCGGAUCCCCUGGUUAACGUAGAAAAAAAUGGUUAAAAGAAACCACGACCAGUCAGCAGAGCAAGAGACUGAAUAGCGGACCAUCAUCUCUACCAAUGCAGCUGUUCACGGUGUGCUCGCUUUAGGUGACUCCAGCUAAUUCUCAGUGUUAAGAAUUAUGUUCACUCCGCAAUAUGUAUGUUUCCGCUUUUCACAGAUGGAAAAAAACUCCCAAAGGAACGGUGAUGGAACGUUUUGGCAAGAGUGUCUUAGAAUUUGUAGCCAUCCAAAGACAGGACAAUCUACAAUGGGCUUUACCAGGAGUGAGUUAAGGGGUUAAUGUUAUUUUUAUUUCUUCAGCUAGGGCUUCGUGAUCUCAUUUCCGUGUAUUUUUGUUUUUUGGUUGUCCUGAUGCGGUAUAUGGUCAUUAUACGGACUACCACAAAAGAGUACAAAGGUUACGCACAAUAUUACAAUGCAAAUACUUUACACUGAAAAGUGACAAAAACUGACGCAGUACAGCUGAGUUUGUCCAUUUUAUCAGGGUGACCUGGCAGUUGGGUUUAAAUAUAUUGCGCUAAUAAAGACGACUGCAUGUAUUUGUUAGGGAAUGGUUGAAGUGGAUGAUACCGUUUCUAAAACCCUUAGAAAGGAGUUUUGUGAGGAAGCUUUGUGUUCUGAAGGAGCUACUCAGGAGGAAAGACAACUAAUAACUGAAAACCUUGAACAACUUUUCUCCAAUGGCAUCGCGGUAAGUAAGAGGCGCGAAACCAUGAGAUAAACAAGCUAAAGCUUCGGUCAUGGUUGAGAAGUAAUAGUAAUCGUCAUCAUGAUGAUAAUGAUAAUAAUAAUACUAAUAAUAAUAACAAUAAUAAUGAUAAUAAUAAUAAUAAUAAAUAUGAUAAUAAAUUUGUUGCAGUUAAAUGAUAAUGAUCAUAGUAAUAGAAAUAAUAAAAAUAAUAACAAUGGUUAUUGUAACAAUAGUAAUAAUAAAUGACAGAUAUGACAAAUUCGUUGCAGUUAGAUGUAACAACACUGGCGACCCUAAGAAAGGGAUAAGCAUGCAUUAAAUCCCGUUUUUCAGUUCCUGAAUUUACGUUUUAUGACGUCGCACAUGAGCUUGUCAAUUUGUUGUCAGGUAACACAACAUAAAAAGUUUUACGUUAUGAGCACUUUAACUUUAAAUUGUUGAAAUAAUUUAAUUUUUAGGUCUACAAGGGAUAUGUCGACGACCCUCGCAACACGGACAAUGCAUGGAUUGAGACUGUAGCAAUGAAUUAUCACGAUGACACAGGAAAUAUUCUUGACAACAUUCAAUUAAAAGUAUGUAUACUUACAAAAAUCACCGGGCCUUCGUUACAGGGAAUCAAUGGAUUUUUCUUUCAUUCGCUCGAUUUUGACAUACUCGCGAGAGACUCAGCUGAACUACUCUGCAUGAAUCUAUUUCAUGAAUUAAUACAGUUUCGAACCCGGGCGUAAUGGCCAUGCGCUUGGUACAGCGCUGCGGGCACAGUUUCUGACUAUCGGUUUAUCAAUACAUGGAUGCUCGCACUAGGAAACCCAGUUUGACGAGACAAAACAAGAUUGAGUAGUCCAGGCUGUGCUAGCAGGAUGGGCUACGCUUCUGGUGGCAUGGAACGUUGUAACGUGAAAACAAGAAUAAAAGCUGAAAGAAAAGCUUUCUUUGAGUCCGUGGGAAUUUGCACUGAGUGUCAAUUCGAAAGAUAAAUUUUUUGUUUUAGGUUUUUCUACCUUUAUUUUGCUUCAGUUGGUAACAGACAUGAGAUUUCUUUAUUUUUGACAGAAAUUUGAAGGUAUCACGAUCGUUUCCUUUGUAAUUAAACUCAGUUGAUGAUAAUAUGAACUAUUCAAGGCACUGAAAAAACAGACAAGAUGAUCCAAAAACAGUAGAUUCUUGAAAUUUCAGUGUAUUCAAAAGUAUGUUACAUAAGUAAUAUUGAAUAUUGACUACUAAAAUACAAAGAACUAGUUGAUGAAGUAGAUUUGGUACCGUAGCUAAAGGGGACUGAGAAGCUGGCGUUUCGAGCGCUAGUAUUCGCCUGAGCGAAAACCAUAAACCAACCACACAACACUACUGAUUCCUGUAAACUAAAACCUCUUCUUGCAUCUGUUUUUUGAAAGGCUGGUGAUGACGCCUGCGGUGUCCAAUGGCAGGAGGUCAGUGGUCAGCUCAGUUUAUAUGCCAAUCAUAUCUUCUUGCUGGAGAAAGUCGCAGAGCUGCAUGCUGCAUGCAUACUACUAACGGAAAAGACAGCGUGA